AGUUUAUACCCGGUCGGCAUUCCCAUGUUGGCCAGGCAAGUUCCUUACAGAGAUAUGUUGCGUGGUAUUUGUGUACAAACAUGAAACAGGAAAACGUCCAACUAUAUACUGGAGGGAGGAGUGAAUUGAUAUGGGGGAGGGGGGUGGCUGCCGUUCUGAUUUGGACCCCGGGGGGGGGCCUGACCAGAAGGGCUCCGAAAACGCACGACGGUCCGAGAAACAGUACAGGGGCCAAAACCUAACAACUACAAGUAAAAAAAUUAACUACAUGGGGGUGGCAGAUAUACAAAAGAGGAUGCAGUCCCGUAAUGUCUUGUUGGUUGGUUGGUUUACAACGCAACGGCAAGGAGAGCGAUGACAGCAGCGGAGGCCGUCAGCGCGGCGGCGACAGGUGCUGCCCCUGUGCGGUCUCCCGCCGAGGUCGCUCCCGCCGCAGGCUGCGUAGCCGUAGCCGUAGCCGUCGCGGAGGCGGAGGAGGAGGAGGCACUGGUCGCCGCGGCCGAAACCGUCGCGGCCGGCACAUCCGUCGGCACCACCCCACCCAUGGUCGUCACGGACCCGGUGACACCGUCCGUCGGCACCGGCGCUCCCGCCCCGCCCACCACCGCCCACGCCGUCCGCGAGGUGUGGAAGUACUGGUACGCCUGCGGGUUGACACUCGCGCGCGCGGCGCCGUGGAUCGCCCACACGUAUUUCGUCUGCGCGUCGGAGGUCAGCGACGCCGGGACCGUCCAGUUGUACCCCUGGCGGGUCAUGGAGCCGGUGUUGGGCACGCGGCUCAGGGGGCCGAUGUCGUGGAGGAGGGAGGAGGCCGGGAAGCUUGCGGCGAGCGGGCCGGUGGGCGGGUUGGUGAGGUCGAUUGUUUCGUUGCCGAGGGUGGUGGAGGCGGGGGCGUAGGCGAGGGUGAGCGGGAAGUUGGGGACGGGGUCGACGAUGCCAAAGUCGACCCAGAUGAGGUAGGUUUUGCCGACGGUGUAUUCGGGCUCGGUGCUGAACGCCGGUGCGGCGGAGACAGCAGAGACGAGAGCCGCUACAGCGACAAGGAGGGCGUUCAACGACUUCAUAUUUGAGCUUGGGUGGUGCAGGAGUUCACUUUGAUAUAUGGGUUUCAAGAUCUCGCGGGGUACGACUGCGAGUGCAAAACCAAAGUUGUUUCACGGAGGUCCGUCGCAGUGAAGGUAGAGGGGGGUAUAUAUGCGGUUCGGCCGAGCACCCUGAGACUUUUCGCUGAGUGGUUGUGCCAAGCCUUUGUGAGCAGAAGUGGAUGUUGCACGGCCGUCGAGUGCGCGUAGUUGGAGUAGUUGGAGGGAGGCGGUGCGUGGGGAGCGAUCAAGGCGAUCACGCCCAAUCCGCAGCCAGUGAGUGCCAGACGCGCAGUGCAUC